AUGGUUGUAGAUACUACUUGUGAACUAAAAGACGUUGGCGUAGUUUCAGGUGAAAUUAUUGUAGUUAAAUAUGGCGUGAUUGUUGAAGUAGAUGAUAAGGGUUUUGUGAUUGUUGCACUCGUUGUUACUGCAGAAUAUGUUGUAGUAAGAGCUGUUGUACUGACUACAGAUGGUGUCGUACCUGCAGUUGAAGUCGUAACCGGAGAUGGCGUUGUUGAUGCUGAUGGUGUUGUUCCCGGAGCUAGUGUUGUUACCGCUGAUGGAGUUGUACCCGGAGCUGGUGUUGUGGCAAUUGAUGGUGUCGUAGCCGGUGCUGGAGUUGUUACAGCUGAUGGUGUUGUACCAGGAGCUGGGCUUGUUACUGCAGAAGGUGUUGUACCAGGAGCUGGUGUUGUGACAACCGAUGGUGUUGUGCCCGGAGCUCGUGUUGUUACUACUGAUGGUGUUGUACCCGGAGCUGGGCUUGUUACUGCAGAAGGUGUUGUACCAGGAGCUGGUGUUGUGGCAACCGAUGGUGUGGUACCCAGAGCUGCCGUUGUUACUGCUGAUGGUGUUGUGGCAAUUGAUGGUGUCUUACCCGGUGUCGGAGUUGUUACAGCUGAUGGUGUUGUACGUGGAGCUGUUGUUGUUACAGCUGAUGGAGUUGUAACCGGAGCUGGCGUGGUUACUGGAGAAGGGGUUGUACCAGGAGCUGGUGUUGUUACUGCUGAUGGAGUCGUACCCCAAGCUGGCGUUGUUACAGCUGACGGUGUUGUCACAGGAGCUGGCGUGGUUACUGGAGGUGUUGUACCAGGAGCUGGCGUUGUUACAGCUGUACCUGGUGCUGAUGUUGUUAAUGAAGGAGGUGUCGUAACUGGGGCUGGCGUGGUUACUGCGGAAGGUGUCGUACCAGGAGCUGGGGUUGAUAUUAUUGAAGGUGUUGUAGCUAGUGUUGUCGUUGUCACAGUUGGUGAUGUAACUGGAACUGGCGUUGUUACAGCUGAUGGUGUUGUACCCGGAGCUGGAGUUGUUACAGCUGAUGGAGUUGUACCAGGAGCCGGUGUUGUUAGAGCUGACGGUGUUGUGCCCGGAGCUGGCGUUGUUACAGCUGAUGGUGUUGUACCAGGAGCUGGUGUUGUUACAACUGAUGGUGUUGUACCAGGAGCUGGUGUUGUUACAGCUGAUGGGGUGGUACCCGGUGCAGGAGUUGUUACAGCUGAUGGUGUUGUGCCUGGGGCUGGCGUUGUUACAGCUGAGGUUGUUGUACCCGGGGCUUGUGUUGUAGCAACCGAUGGUGUGGUACCCGGAACUGAAGUUGUUACAGCUGAUGGAGUUGUAACCGGAGCUGGCGUGGUCACUGCGGUAGGUGUUGUACCUGGUGCUGGCGAUGUUACAACUGAUGGUGUUGUACCAGGAGCUGGUGUUGUUACAGCUGAUGGUGUUGUACCCAGACCUGGUGUUGUUACAGCUGAUGGUGUUGUAACCGGAGCUGGCGUGGUUACUGGAGAAGGUGUUGUACCCGGCGCUGGCGUUGUCAUUGCGGAAGGUGUUGUACCUGGUGCUGGCGUUGUCACUGCUGAAGGUGUUGUACCUGGUGCUGGUGUUGUUACAGCGGAUGGUGUUGUACCAGGAGCUGGCGUUGUUACAGCAGAUGGUGUUGUACCAGGAGCUGGUGUUGUUACAGCUGAUGGGGUGGUACCCGGUGCAGGAGUUGUUACAGCUGAUGGUGUUGUGCCUGGGGCUGGUGUUGUUACUGCUGAUGGUGUUGUACCAGGAGCCGGUGUUGUUAGAGCUGACGGUGUUGUGCCCGGAGCUGGUGUUGUUACAGCUGAUGGUGUUGUACCCGGGGAUGGUGUUGUGGCAAUUGAUGGUGUCGUACCAGGAGCUGGUGUUGUUACAACUGAUGGUGUUGUACCAGGAGCUGGUGUUGUUACAGCUGAUGGUGUUGUACCCGGAGCUGGUGUUGUUACAGCUGAUGGUGUUGUACCCAGAGCUGGUGUUGUUACAGCUGAUGGUGUUGUACCCGGAGCUGGCGUUGUUACAGCUGAUGGUGUUGUACCCGGGGCUUGUGUUGUGGCAACCGAUGGUGUGGUACCCGGUGUUGGAGUUGUUACAGCUGAUGGUGUUGUACCAGGAGCUGGCGUUGUUACAGCUGAUGGUGUUGUACUCAGAACUGGUGUUGUUACAGCUGAUGGUGUUGUACCUGGUGCUGGUGUUGUUGCAAGCGAUGGUGUCGUACCCAGACCUGGUGUUGUUAAUGCUGGUGGUGUUGUACCCGGAGCUGGUGUUGUUACAGCUGAUGGUGUUGUACCAGGAGCUGUCGUUGUUACUGCUGAUGGUGUUGUACCCAGGGCUUGUGUUGUGGCAACCGAUGGUGUUGUAACAGGCGCAAGCGUUGUCAGUGCUGAGGGUGUCGUACCCAGAGAAGCCGUUGUUACAGCUGAUGGUGUUGUACCAGGAACUGAUGUUGUUACAGCUGAUGGUGUUGUACCCGGUGCUGGCGUGGUUACUGGAGAAGGUGUUGUACCGGUAGCUGGGCUUGUUACUGCAGAAGGUGUUGUACCUGGUGCUGGUGUUGUAACCGCUGAAGGUGUUGUACCUGGUGCUGGAGUUGUUACAGCUGUUGGAGUUGUACCUGGUACUGGUGUUGUUACCUUAGAUGGUGUUGUACCUUGUGUUGCCGUUGUUACCAUGGAUGUUGUUGUACCUUGUGAUGAAAAUACUUUCAUUUAUUUGUUGGAAGGGUUAAAAAAAUUAUUCGGCGAAUGA